AAUGUUGAACUAUUCUGUGUUUGCAGGAUGUUCAUCUUUGACAAGAUUGAGGGCAACGACAGCUCCUUCCUGGAAUUUGAGAUUACAGGAUCAACAUACGAGCCCAUUGGUGAUGUCUUCCUGAAGGGACAGAAGGUAAAGGGAUCUGACUACGAGACCCUGCACGAACUGGGAACUGUUUGCAUCAUGUGCAAUGACUCUGCUAUUGACUUCAACGAAUUCAAGCAGGCUUUUGAGAAGGUAGGAGAGGCCACUGAGACUGCGCUCAUUGUGCUCGCUGAGAAACUGAACCCCUUCAGCGUACCCAAGACCGGACUGGACCGCCGUACUUCUGCCAUCGUCGUGCGACAGGACAUCGAGACCAAGUGGAAGAAGGAGUUCACCUUGGAGUUCUCCCGAGACAGGAAAUCCAUGUCCACCUACUGCGUGCCACUCAAGCCCUCUAAGCUCGGCUCCGGACCCAAGCUGUUCGUCAAGGGUGCCCCCGAAGGUGUGCUGGAGAGGUGUACUCACGCUCGUAUCGGAAACACCAAGGUGCCUCUGACUGCUGCGCUCAAGAACAAGAUCCUCGCUCUGACCGGUCAGUACGGUACUGGCAGGGACACUCUGAGGUGUCUGGCUCUCGCCACCUGUGACAGCCCCAUGAAGCCUGAUGAGAUGGACCUUGGAGAUUCCACCAAGUUCUACACUUAUGAAGUUAACCUGACCUUCGUCGGAGUCGUGGGAAUGUUGGACCCCCCUCGCAAGGAAGUCUUUGACUCCAUUGUCCGCUGCCGUGCUGCUGGUAUCCGUGUCAUUGUAAUCACUGGAGACAACAAGGCCACUGCUGAGGCCAUCUGCAGACGUAUUGGAGUGUUCGGAGAGGAUGAGGACACGACCGGCAAGUCCUAUUCCGGCCGAGAGUUUGACGAUCUGCCCAUCUCCGAGCAGAAGGCUGCGUGUGCGAGGUCACGUCUCUUCUCCCGUGUGGAGCCUGCCCACAAGUCCAAGAUUGUUGAGUACCUGCAGUCCAUGAAUGAGAUCUCUGCCAUGACUGGUGAUGGUGUGAAUGACGCUCCCGCCCUGAAGAAGGCCGAGAUCGGUAUUGCCAUGGGAUCCGGCACAGCUGUCGCCAAGUCUGCCGCUGAGAUGGUGUUGGCUGACGACAACUUCUCAUCCAUUGUAGCUGCCGUAGAGGAAGGACGAGCCAUCUACAACAACAUGAAACAGUUUAUCCGCUACCUGAUCUCUUCCAACAUUGGUGAAGUCGUCAGUAUUUUUCUGACUGCCGCCCUCGGUCUUCCUGAGGCUCUGAUCCCCGUACAGCUGUUGUGGGUCAACCUGGUCACUGACGGUCUUCCCGCCACCGCUCUUGGCUUCAACCCCCCUGAUCUGGACAUCAUGGAGAAGCCUCCCCGAAAGGCUGACGAAGGCUUGAUCUCCGGUUGGCUGUUCUUCCGCUACAUGGCUAUUGGAGGCUACGUCGGCGCUGCCACUGUCGGUGCUGCCACCUGGUGGUUCAUGUACAGUCCCGAGGGACCACAGAUGACCUACUGGCAACUGACUCACCAUCUGUCCUGCAUCGGAGAAAACCCCGACUUUGCUGGCAUCGACUGCAAGAUCUUCCACGACCCCCACCCCAUGACCAUGGCUCUGUCUGUGCUGGUCACCAUCGAGAUGUUGAACGCCAUGAACAGCUUAUCUGAGAACCAAUCUCUGGUCGCGAUGCCGCCAUGGUGCAACCUGUGGCUGGUGGGUGCCAUGGUGCUCUCCUUCACCCUCCACUUUGUCAUCCUCUACGUCGAGAUCCUCUCUACUGUGUUCCAAGUGUGCCCGCUCACUGGAGACGAGUGGCUCACAGUGAUGAAGUUCUCACUUCCCGUCGUGCUACUUGACGAAACGCUCAAGUUUGUCGCGCGCAAGUUCACAGAUGUGGCCCCCGAGGUUAAGAAGACGUAUUGAACACUGAACAACAAAAAAGGAGAGUCUGGCUUCCAGUAGAGUAAAUUUGUGAAAUUAAUUUUAUAAACUCGUUAAAUUUUUGUAAAAUAAAGUGAUAGACUGUCAGAAGGGUCGUAGUGGCGGAGAUGAUUAGUGCUGUGCAGCCUUCACUCAAGACAAAGCAUUUAAGCAGCAGGCUGCUAAGUGUUUAAAUCAUUUCCGAGUUUUCUCACAUUUCAGUUUUAUCAGGUUGGCAGUCCCGGUUCCCCCACUAACUGCACUCCUUAAUUCCGCUUUCUUGUACAUAAUUCUGUCUUGUUCUACGCUUUCAUCACUGUAUAGAAUAGAAGCGCCGGUGUCAGUUUUGUAUAAAUAUAGUUAGGGAUACGAGCCGAGUACAACUAACAACAUUGUAUACGUAUUUUUCAGACCCUUUUCUUGUGUAAAAAUGUAUUUUUAUGAGUAAUUGUAACGUACGAUCAACUGACCAAUCCACAAACGACGGACGUGUGAGGGCGGCAUCCUUUCAUUCCUUACUAGGACCGUGCCAUACCUGCUGUACAGUAUUGGGUCUUCUCGUUGUUAUUGGGUGUUUUGUAAAGAAACAACUUUGUCAAAUAUUUUAAGGAAUAAAGUCUUUGAACUGGUUA